AUGUUACUACCUAGAAAUACUCCAAAAAAUAUACGUUAUAUAGUAUGUUAUUUAUUAAUGAUAUGGAUAUUUUCAUUUUCAUCAUAUCGAGAUUAUUUAAUUCGAAAAACGAUACAAAAUCAACCGCAAUUAAUUAUAUCAGAAGAAUAUUCGAUGUUAUUAAAAUUAAUUUCAAUUGCAAUAUUUAUACUUGGACAAAUAUUUGUUUUAUCAUCUUUUUAUAAACUAGGUAUUACUGGAACAUUUCUAGGUGAUUAUUGUGGUAUUUUAAUGGAUGCACCAGUAACAACAUUUCCAUUUAAUGUAUUAAACAAUCCAAUGUAUGUUGGAUCAACAUUAUCAUUUUUUGCUUUAGCAUUAUAUUAUUCUUCACCAGUCGGUUUCUUACUAACAACAGAAGUUUAUAUCGUUUAUCAAAUAGCAUUACUAUUUGAAGAACCAUAUACAAGAUGGAUUUACGCACAAAAAAAUAAAUAA